UAUGAAUAGAGUUAUAAAUAGAGCUCUAUAAACCUAGAGCUAGGUAUUGAUGAAACACACAAAAACCCUAGUUCUAGGCAUGAGCUUAGAAAUUAUUUCAGCCUAUGUGUAAACUGGAAAAAGGAAGUGACAAAAGGGAGACUGGCAGAGUGGAGGAAGUGAGGGAAGCCAUUGUCAGCACUUGAGAGUGAGAAGGCUUCCAAUGGCAUCAGAAACACUGCCCUAAUUUAUCUAGCCCUUUAAGCUGUUGCUUUGAUAAGCACAAACUAGAAAAAAAAAUGUUUCCAAAAAUGGCAUGGCAGACCUAGGCGUUCUAUGAAUUUCAUUCCAUGAGCUGGAUAUAAAUGAAAUAGAAGGUGAGAUCAUUUCAUUUGUUCCAAGGGAGCUAUUGCUGUUUUUCACCAUUCCCUGGUGUGUUUGCCUAGGACACUGAGGAGCCAUGUGUGAUGAUGAAGAAACCACAGCACUUGUCUGUGAUAAUGGCUCUGGACUUUGCAAAGCUGGAUUUGCCGGAGAUGAUGCUCCAAGGGCUGUUUUUCCAUCCAUCGUUGGACGACCCCGGCACCAGGGGGUUAUGGUAGGGAUGGGACAAAAAGACAGCUAUGUUGGCGAUGAAGCACAGAGCAAACGAGGGAUUCUGACCCUGAAGUAUCCCAUCGAGCAUGGGAUUAUCACUAACUGGGAUGACAUGGAAAAGAUUUGGCACCAUUCCUUCUAUAAUGAACUUCGAGUUGCCCCAGAAGAGCACCCUGUCCUCCUGACUGAAGCUCCAUUAAACCCCAAGGCUAAUCGAGAAAAAAUGACCCAGAUCAUGUUUGAAACUUUCAAUGUGCCUGCAAUGUAUGUGGCCAUUCAAGCGGUUCUUUCUCUCUAUGCAUCUGGCCGAACUACUGGGAUAGUUCUGGACUCUGGGGACGGUGUCACACAUAACGUACCUAUCUAUGAAGGUUAUGCCCUGCCACAUGCCAUCAUGAGACUGGAUCUGGCUGGAAGAGAUCUCACUGACUAUCUCAUGAAAAUUCUUACAGAGAGGGGAUACUCUUUUGUUACUACAGCCGAGCGUGAGAUUGUGCGAGACAUCAAAGAGAAGCUCUGCUACGUGGCUCUCGACUUUGAGAAUGAAAUGGCCACUGCUGCAUCCUCCUCUUCCCUGGAGAAGAGCUACGAACUCCCCGAUGGUCAAGUCAUCACUAUUGGCAAUGAACGGUUUCGAUGCCCUGAAACACUCUUCCAGCCAUCGUUCAUAGGGAUGGAGUCUGCCGGUGUCCAUGAAACAACCUAUAACAGUAUAAUGAAAUGUGAUAUUGACAUCCGUAAAGAUCUUUAUGCUAAUAAUGUGCUUUCUGGAGGGACCACCAUGUACCCUGGCAUUGGGGACCGUAUGCAGAAGGAGAUUACCGCUUUGGCUCCAAGUACAAUGAAGAUCAAGAUGAUUGCACCUCCAGAACGUAAAUAUUCUGUAUGGAUUGGGGGAUCCAUAUUGGCUUCUCUUUCGACCUUCCAGCAAAUGUGGAUCAGCAAAGAUGAAUAUGAGGAAUCUGGUCCCUCCAUUGUCCAUCGCAAAUGCUUUUGAA